AUGGAAACAUUCAAAUCUCUUUUCGCGAAGCCUGAUCCCCAGGCACAGAUACGCAAAUGCAAUGCGUUGAUGAGGCAAAACAUUCGCAAGAUCGAUCGAGACAUCCAGACUGUGAAACAAGUCGAAUACAAGACCAAGAACCUUAUCCUCCAAGCCGAUAAGCGAGCCCAGCGCGAUCCAUCACGCGCCAAGCAAGCCCAACAAGAAGUUCGCGACUUUGCUCGGGAGCUCGUUCGCGCCCGAAAGACCUCAGCACGCCUCAUCACAUCCAAGGCACAGCUCAACUCAGUGCAGAUGCAGGUACAGGAGGCCUUUGCUGUACGAAAGAUUGAGGGAUCCAUUCGAGCGAGUGUCGGUAUCAUGAAGGAUGUCAACUCGCUUAUCCGUCUACCGGAACUGGCUGGUACCAUGCAAGAACUAAGUGUGGAGUUGAUGAAGGCCGGCAUCAUCGAGGAGAUGGUCGAGGACUCGCUUCCUGCUGACGGCGAUAUGCUCAUGGAGGACGAGGAGGCCGACGGAGAGGUUGACAAAGUCUUGGGAGAGAUCCUCAAGGACCGCAAGCAGCCCACUCUCCCUGUGGCGCCUGUACCGGAGCCACAGAAACCCCAGGAGGAAGAGGAGGAGGAGGAAGAUCCAGAAGCUAUGAUGGACCAGAUGCGCAACCGGUUAGAGGCGCUUCGAAGUUAG